UCCGCGGCCGAUCCGAUGUCCACGUCUGGCGGGGGGGACCCCGCACAGGUGGACAGGCGUGACGCUGACGGAUAGGAGAUGCCACAGACUUUGGUGGUUCGCACUGCUGUGGGGCCAUUGGUGCCGCAUCAGGCACCGUUUUUGGAGGGUUAUAGGCGUCGUGCACAUGGCGGGGGCCCGGUUGAGGAACGACGUGUAGGCAGGGGCGCGUGCAUACCCCCGGUCCCUACUUUUGCACCAUCACGGACGAGGCUGGAGAUUAGGCAUGUGGCUACGCCUCGGGGCAGCCUCCCUUUUGGUUUUAUGAUCGCUGAGGAGUUGGAGGACCACGGCAGGAGGGAUUUGACGGAGAUCGACCAGCGCGUUUUGAGGUCAGUCCCGGAGGAGGGGAAGCUGCCUCACGUGCAUGACUUAUGUUGCGGGCCAGCCAGCCCCAGCUUACCUUCUGGGUGUUCCAUCGCAGCGCCAUCUGGCGGGGCUGCAGGGGGCUUACCUUCUGGAGGUUCCGUCGCAGCGGCAUCUGGCGGGGCCGCAGGGGACUUACCUUCUAGAGGUUCGGUCGCAGCGCCAUCUGGAGGCGCCGCAGGCCCUUCGUCACCCUUGAUCGCUGCUCCGAGGGAGGACGGCAGUCUCACCCCGAGGUCGGUUGCCCGUAGACGGAGAGACACUACCCAGCGUGCGCGGGAGUUGCUGGACACCAUGUUGUUUGAUCACACAGAUCGACCAUGGAGCGAGAUGAGACGGGUGACGACGGCGAGUGUCGGUCGUCAGCCAGGUUUGAGAGGGGCUUCCACGGCCGUGAGACAUCGAGAUGUUGUAGCUUCAGGGUUCGGUGGUAGAGGCGGUGGCGGCGAUGGCCAGGGCGACGACAUACGUGAGGGUGCAGGCGGUGCCGUAGCGAGCGUCGUGGAUCCGCCCUUGACAUACGGUUUGAGAGAGGCGUCGAUUAUUUUGCAGGAGCCUGACGUUGUUACACGACCGAGGCAGGAGAGACACGUGCCCUUAGAUCGACGCCAGGAGGGGGAGACUUCAGGGACAGACGGUCUAUCUAUGGCACGCGAGUCACGCCGACGUGAUGACCUAGCAGCCGCAGGUGUAGGCAGGACGUUGAGAGGCAGGAGACUCAUUAUGGACGACGACCCCGACGAGUGUCCCGUCGCUCCCGAGCCUUCCGCUGGCAGACGCGGCGGCCAAUGUCAGAGAGAUUGAGGGCGUGGCAGUGGUCGGAGGGGAGGUGGCGGUUCUCAUCGGUCCGAGCGAGAUCCGCGUGCGCGC